CGAAUACACGCCUCUUCAUUUAGGCGUCAAGGAUAACGCAACAACAAGUAGAAGCCAUGACGGUAUCGAGGAUGCUUCAACUACUUUGGGCGUCCACAACACAAAGACGCUAGUGCUCCGGAGCGUCGUCACCAGGCAUGACUGAACAAGGAAUCUGUGGACGCACGCCUCCCGCGUUUGCCUUCAUCGAACAAGCAACCCCAGGUACGAGCUGUGAAGGCGGCGAGGGAGCCUCAGGUACUUGCGACGAUUACCUUGCGUAUAUUGACGAGUACAUCAAUGACGCGUUGAAGGCGUUGAACCGCCAGACCGAUGCCACUGGCGUCAAUGAUGCCACUGACCGUGGAAGCACCAACUACGCACUUGUGGAGUUCACCGCUAGUGCCGAUCACGCCUGGCCCAGAACGAGCCACGCUGACAUCGAGAAGCUAUCCUCCCCUACGAAAGACACCGCGAGAAAUCCUCAGACCACGCGGGUUCACCAAAGCAACACAGAGUACUACCCGACUGCAGGCACAUCCACCAUGCAGGCACCUCUGAUUUCAGGGUAUGCACACAACAGAGAUACCGGAAGCACUAGUUUCGCACUUCCAGUCUGCAGCAGCAGCGGCGGUGGCAAAUACGCAGUGGCCAGUACAAGCCACGUGGGCACGGAGGAAGCAUCGGACCUUCUGGGAAAUUAUGCUAUAUUUCCUGACGUCACCGGCGCUGAGCCAUGGAGUACGCAGUACUACGCGGCUUGUGACACAACUGCAGUCUCCGGCCAUACACAUGUCACUGAAAGCGGACGCGCCAGUUCCCUACAUAUGGUGUCCAGCAGUAGCGUCAAUCACGCACAGCCCAAUACAAGCCGCGCUGGCAUGGAGGAAGCAUCGGCCGUUCCGGAAAACAUCGCUAGGAAUGCUCCAGAAACCGGAGGAAGGGAACAGCGAGAAUUGUGCCGUGUCUGUGGCACCGUUUCGAACAGACCGGACGCCUUACACGGGCGCUCCAAGGAACCCACGGAUGACACCGCCCAGAUUUGCAAAGCCUGUGGUCAAUCGUCUGUGAAUAUGUCUAAGUCUGUCGAACAUUGCCACAACCUAACUGGAAAAAAAGACAAAUGCGAAGCCUGUGGCAAACAGUUCGACCGUGCCCACCACCUAGCUCAACAUCAGUGCACGGACACAGACGAGAGACCCUAUAAAUGCAAUGUGUGUGAAAAAUCAUUCCGACAUCCUUAUAAUCUAAAGCUCCAUAAGCGCACUCAUACAGACGAUAGACCUUACAAAUGUCAAAUAUGUGCUAAAUCGUUUCGGCAGUCUAGUCAUCUAGAUAACCAUAAGCGCACCCAUACUGACGAGAGACCCUACAAAUGCCAAAUAUGUAAUAAAUCGUUCCGGGCGUCUGGUCACCUAGAUAGCCAUAAGCGCCAGCACACAGGUGAGAAACCCUACAUUUGCAAAACAUGCGGUAAAUCAUACGCGCGGGCGGAGAGCCUGCAUAGGCAUGAGCACGCUCACGCAGAGGAGAAACCUCAUGCAUGCCAAAAAUGCGGCAAAUCAUUUUCAAGGAAAUAUAACCUCAAGAGACAUGCAGACUCCCAUUGCGGAAACAGCGCUUUUGUUUGCGAAAUCUGUGAUCGAUUCUUUAUGAGCAAUUCGACUCUUCUUCGUCGCCGCCGAACAAAGCACGUGGACAAAACACCGUAUGAGUGUACGCAGUGCGGAUGUCGUUUUGCAGACAAAGAAACACGCGAUUGGCAUGUGUGCCAGAAGGAAUGCAGGAUGUGAGCGAUUCCGUCUGCUUUUCGAAAUUUCUCGACAAGACUUCAUCGCCAGAAGUAUUUGGGGUGCUUCAAUAUCGAAAAACACUGUAGGUCCUGGCCAGCGCUCACUGUUCCGUGAACUAUGUUGUUGGUGAACGUCGCUUAAUCAAGCUGAUCUCAAGACAAACCUUAAUGGGCUGCAAGAUUGUGUUUUGCCUAACUCGAGCGUUGAGGGAAAUGUCCCCAAAGAGCCUUGACCCCCAUUUGGUUAGAGAAAUUUCUUGUGCAGCUCUUUUGACAGUAUACCAGGGAAGAUUUGAUGAACCAUAUUCGUAUUAAUAUUGCAGCGUAAACAGAAUAGAAUAUCACUCUUUAGGAAGCAUUUGAGAAAGGAGAUACUGUACUCUUGUCAACUAAAAAGUAAUUUCUGCCAUUACUCAAGGUCCAGAGCCAAAGUUGCCUUCAAGAGAAAGUACUUGCAGAUGCUUUUACAAUGCCUAACUACAUCGUACGAGUUAGAAAAGUAUCUGCUUGAGAAAGUUUGUUCAAUGCAUUGACCGUUCUUUGGUGCCUGUAUUCAUACCAAAAAUAUUUUUUCUAUACCAUAAAAUCAUCCGAUGACAAUAGUGAGACAGUACUAGAUUCAAAUCAUUUGGAAAUUCAUUAUAUGACAUGGUCUCCCCCUAGGAAAAUUUUUAGUUGUUUUAUUGUGGCAGGACUUCUGAAGUUUAAUAGACAUAUUUUUAUCCA